GAAGACAUUAUUGAGGGAGAGAAGGAGUGACGAGCUGACACGAGGCAGUUAACAGUUGGACAAGUUGAAGGACGCAGGUAACACGUAGCACGCUUGUAAACAGGUGGUGGUCGCUCAUGGUUGUAACAUCUUUUUAUGACUGGGUCAGGUUUAAAUCUUGUUGAUUAGCCACCUCUUUUACAAAGAUUUCAGAUUCUUGGCUUUCUUUAUCCGCACAGACCUGCGAUCUGGUUUUUCCUUGGAAUGAAUGGUGUGAGAAGGCGAGAGAUGAGGGUGCAUUGGUAGCUUAGGGCGUAGGAUUUGCAGAGGGUUGAAGAAAAAAAACAGAAAAAAAGCUUCGUUUCUUUGUUUUGCAGAAGAUAUGAUGAUGAAUAGGUUUGAUUUGGGAGGGUGCUGCCUUGCCCGAUACGGCACUGCAACGCCGUAUUUUGCCUCCAAGACGGAUCAGAUAAUGUCGCGGUACAGGCCGAUCGCGCCUAAGCCUGCGGCUCAGAGUACUGGUGGGGUGGUGGAGGCUGCCCUACAGACGCCUGUUGAGAGCAGCAAGGUUCGAACCUGUAACCGCAGCCGGAAGAGAAGCUGGGAUGCAGCUAACGGCGGUCUCGCGAACUCUGCUUCUCCCCGAGGGCAAAAGCGCGCUGCAAGACUACGCUGUCAUGUUUCAGAAGCUCCGGAACAGAGUAAUGCUUCCGUUCCGUUGUCCACCGUCUGUCACAGCCAGAGCUUCAGCCACGGGCAUGGCCACUGCCCACAGUCUGAUACCAGUGAGGACGGAAUUUCUGCUCUCUGUGAAAUUGCCGACUCUGCUGAUACUAAUGGCGCCGUAAGCUUGAAUUUUGGCUUGCGGCCGCUGACAUACUCCUGUAUAAGUUUUGAGGCCCUGAAAAGCAAGGAGAGUCCGCCAUUGGAGAAGGACAUAGCUUUCAUGGAGCGUGCAGCGGCGAGUGCGUCUCCUGCCGUCAAUCUUUGCGGGUUAAUGACCUCGGAAGUGCGAGGCCGUGCUCUGGAUCAGGCUCCUUUGCACCGUCAAAAACAGGAAAUCGUCACGCUUCCUUUGCUUCCAAGCUGUAAAGCAGCGUCCGCCACCUCCAGCACUGAAACCCUUGGAGGACGACGAAUUCAGUCGCCAUUGGAGGACGAUUCUCAGCCUGAGCUCAGCCUUUUUGACAAGACAACCCUAAGCCGCUGCCCGUGCCCCUGCCCGGGGCCCUGCCCUGGCCUGGUUGUAGACAUAUCAGUGGUGGAACAGCUAUAUUCUGCUUGCUCAGACCCUCUGAUUCUUACGGACGAUUCAUACUCAUAUCGGGUCAUAUGGUACAACCCUGCAUACAACCGACUGCUGUCGCUUUCCGCCUCGGAGCUCGGUGUGCUUAAGCCCCUGGCCGCUUUCAACCUUGACGGGAAACCGUCAACGGGGAUUCUGUGGGGUUUCGCAAGCAAAUUCCCCGGACCAGAUCAUCACAGGGUGAUAAUGCCGCAGCCUUUGCGGCCUGUUGGAUCCAGCGUUGUGGUGGAGUGCAUAACGGAUACAAAUUUGCAGGAAGGAUUGAGCUCGAAGAGCCUGAGCUUGGAGGAAGUUGAAGAGCACCUCGAAUCCAAGACCUCGCCGUGCUUUAUUUCGGACUCGCAGAAGACGGUACGCUGGGCCAAUUCCGCCUACAAGCAAAUGGUCGGGCAGCCGGAGUGUUUAUGGCUGGAAAAAGAAAGCAGCAACAAAGUUGCCAGGAUCCAGGGUAAAGUUCUGCUCCUUUUCAACCUGCAAUUGCCCCAAGGCGUCUCAGCCUUUUCCUGCCGCGUCAAAAUUCAGUGGACGAACGCCGGCGACAAAACCUCCAUUACAGUUCCCUGCGACGUUUUCAGAAUCAACGGCAACGCCAGCAGCCAUUCCUUAGCAUGGCAUUUUGAUAUCCAAGCAGCUUUGUGUCUUUAAAUUUUUCCUUUUUCGCAUCCUUUAAACUCCUCCUUUACAUUCGUAAUCCUGUAAAUAAACAGAUCUCUUGUAGAAACUUAUAUUUUUUGCUGCUCUUGCUGGUAAUUCGACAUGGUUGGGGUUUUCCAAAGUGUAAUUACAAGCCCGGCCUGGCUCGAUAUACUCAUUUUCCUGUACAUCUCUUGCAGAUAAUGAAUUUCAAAAGAUCGAUUAUAUUGACAAAGGCCUGGCUCGAUAUACUUAUUUUCUUGUAGAAACGCUUGCAGAUUAUGAAUUAUUACUUAUUUUCUUGUAGAAACGCUUGCAGAUCAUGAAUUAUGAAGUAUCAUUUUGGUGUGA